AUGCAUUUUAUUUAUUAUUUUGCAGACAUACACGAGUGUGACACAGGAACGCAUCAGUGCGACUCGCACGCUUUCUGUAACAACACUAAAGGCUCUUACAAUUGUACAUGCAAACCAGGAUAUUUUGGAAAUGGCUUUAAUUGCACAGGUAAUAUUGUAACAGAAACCCUGAUAGCAAAAACCUUAACCUUAUAUAAAAAUAUUUUUAUUCAUCCUUUUUUUUUUUUUAGUAGACGCUAAAGUGUUUGUUAAAUCUUCAGGCCCGUAGCCAGGUUUUAAUUACUGUACCGGAGGGGGAAGGGGGUGCGAUCCAAGGAGAAGACGGACAAAACGUGGCUGGAGGCGCAAGUCUCUAGGGCGAAAAAGGGUUGUCUGAGACUGCAUUUCGACCGUUUUGAUAAAAAUGGAUAUUUUUUAUAACUUUAAAAGUGAUUUUUUUGGCAAAGAGACUCACUACUUUAUUUUACGAUUUUACAAGGACAAUGUCAAUGUCACUAUUGAAAAUUACAAAUUAGAAAUUAAAGAAAAUUUUGAAUCAGUAUUAUUCACUAGGUUUGAUUUUUCAAUAGUGGAACAAGUUCAAGCCUCCUUGGAUGCUUCUUAGCAAACAGAUCAACGACUUCUUCCAGAUCAAUGUCUGUUAGAUAGUGGAUGUGCAUAUAAACAGCCAGAGAGGAGAGCCUCUACUGUGCAGCGAAUAUUACUCAGUUUUAUAAAACUAAAAUUAGCCACAGAAAACAGCUGAUAUUUUAAGCUAUCUCAAAGACAAAGGACUUCAAAUUCUUUCUAAUACUUUACGGAGGCGAAAACACGUUUUGUGGAAAGCGUCAGUCAGGCUUGUCAACUCUUUCACAGUAUUUUCAAGUUUACAACACAAUCAGUAAAUUAGUAGUGAGGAAAGAACAAUACCGGAACAAUACUAUAGACUCACUUUGUUUUAAAUCGGCUGGUUAAAAAUAAAGUGGACCUCUAGAGCCUGUGGGGGGAACUGCACUCGUCGCACCCUCCCCCCCCUCCCUACGGGCCUGAUCUAGGGUCUUUUAAAACAGUUCUAACAUGCAAGAGCUCGUUGUUAGCUUGUUAGUAGGCAAACUUGUGCGAGUUUGGGGUUAUUAUGGCGAAGCCGAUGAAAAGAAUGGGGUGAUUCUCCAGGUCAUAAGAAUAUUUACGUAUUCGACCAACAAUUAUUGGCCCGAUACGCAGUUUUCGUGACAGCUUUUCUGGGUGUUUACUGGCCGGUUGCGGAUUAAACUAUUGUAGGUCAGCCUGCGAGAGCGGGUGAAACAAGAAACUUGAGCCGAAAAAACCGGAUGCUCUCGCAGGCUAAUUGUAGGUUGGCUCUAGCCUUAUUCCUCAGGGGAUAGGGGAGACUGGGAGAUAUUAGAUAUUUUACGCGAAUGAACAGGAAUGAUAUCUGGGGAGGGGGAAGGGAGGCAAGAGGGAAUAAAGAAUCAUUAAAAAAUAUGAUCAACCUAAAACUGUCGGUUCCGCCACACUUGAAAUUAAUUUGUAAGUAACUUAAAUUAUUCUUUAAUAGUAUUUUCAGAAUUUAUGAACUCGUCGAUUUUGAACAGCAGUGAUUACUAUUUUCGUCAUUUGGGCAAUUUUCUGGAGAAUGCGGUUGGGGACAAUUCUCACUGGUUGCUGUGCUUUCGUGCUACAUUGCAUGGCUGGAAUGUUAGUCAGUUUCACAGUCUCUGCGAUGGAAAGUACGACACUGUUACCAUCAUAAGGAAAGGGAAAUUCAUCUUUGGCGGAUACACGGAUAUUCCUUGGGGUAAAAAAACUAAUUCCCUUAUUUUAUCGUCCUUUUUUGUUGCAAUGUAACAGCUUUACAAUUCUGAUCUACUUGCACUGCUUAUUAGAAUUUAACUCUUGGUUUAUAAAGUUGAAACCUGAACGUCAGUCUUGGUUUGUUACCGACCUUGUAACGAUGGUGAAGUGUUUUUGUCUUAAUGAACCCAGUUAGCUGUAGGUCUGGUUGCUCCCUACCCAGAUCAGGGGUGUCUGGACUUUGCGUAGGACCGGUCACUCCUCACUUUAAAACUAUUACAGAAAAAUGAAAUCUUACAGUUUGUCACACUGGGAGUAGUCUAACCUCCAGCCAAGUUCCAGAUGAUAAAUAGGUGUGAUUCUAUAACAAGCCUUCGAGUUUUCGAACUUCCGACUUAUCAAACCAAUUUUCAUUUCCAUUGAAAAUUCGACUUUCACUGUGUUCUUACGUUCUGUUGUUUGUUUGUAAGAAUCCUUUAGUGGCUUUGGCAACGCUUCCAAAGCUUUCAUUUUUCCCACUCAAAAAUAAAGAAAGACUGACUCCGUUUUUGAGUAAAGUGGAGACGCCAGGAAAGGCUCUUUUCAGGGCGGGAUUAAGCGUAUAGUCCAUGUUUUGGCUGAAACAGCAGGUCAUUGCUAAUAGCCCACUUUCGAUAAAUUGGAAUUUUAACUACAUUACUCCAAGGCUUUAGGGACAAAAUCGGAUUGCAAAUUUUGGACGACUCUAUUAUCUCACAAUUUCCAGAGGAGACUUGAGCAAAAAGAAAACCAAACCAGAUAUACAAAUAUGACCAGAAAGCCUUGGAGUCAUGUUAGAAUUUUAAUAUAUCGAACGUGGGCUAUUAUGCCGACAAUGGCGCGUCUAAUGGAGUCCCCUCUUAUUUUUAAUCCAAACCGAAGCCAAAAAGGCGCAUUUUUAUUUUUCCUGAGCUAGCCACUCUUAACUCAAGGUCUCUAUGAACCCCACCCAUCCCCAGCAACUUUCAACAAGACUGUUGGAUCCGUCGGUGCUGACAAGAAGGUCUACUUCAAGGGUAUUGAAGUCUAUCUCCCUUGCUUAGCUCGUGAGUUGUGACAGGUCUGUCAAUGGGAUCUGAUAGGCUUCGGAUAGCACAACUUACGGAUCGUGCUUUGUAACGCAAAGAAGCUAAAAGUAGUGUUGCCAGUGAAUGCAUCAAGCAGCUGCUGAAUCCCGUUGCAGUGUGUGUUAUGUGUCCUAUGAGAAUAUGCACAGCAAAACCGUUUUUCAAACGGACAGUCAGUAAAGAUUGGCCACAUGUCCUUGUUGUAGACAUUUCUGUAUUUGAGUGGUGGGCCAACAAGAUUGUCCGUAAUAAGGAGUCCAUAAGGAGUCCAUACGUCCGUAUGUCCAGUACCAAUCCAAUGGAAAGGUUCAAAUUUACACGUAGAGCAGAAUCAGUUUAUUCCUAUCCUGAGACUGACUCUCUAUUAGCUAAGAGUUUGUUGACCUCAUAAGGUAUCCCACCACUAAGAAAUUUAAGGAGGGUACCCACUAUUGUUACUGCGUACAUUUUCUGCGCAUGCAAAGGUAGUCGCGCGCGACGCGAAAGAAAUGCGCAACACGCAGUACACGCGGACUGGUUUUGACUCCUGUAAGUCUUGGAGGUUCUAGUUAUUUCUUGUGAAAAAAGAUGCGUCGUUUUUCAACAGAUGAAAAAUAAGUUCCAUUUACCUUGUCAGUUCUUUAAAAAUCGAAGAAGUAUUCGCAUUUUGCUAUUUCUACCUAUGAUCGAUCUGACGGAACAUUUUAUAGUCAAACAAAAGUCAAUUCUAAAACAUCAAAAGUUAUUGCUUCAGGAUGUUACGCUUGGAGCUUGGGUAUUAAAAAAUCCCUUAAUAGGUAAGGAUCAGUAAAUCAGAGGGAAAAUAGCUCUAAGUCCUCCGCUUAAUCGAGAAACUGCAAGCUUACCUUUCAUUCUCGUCCUUCGCGUUUUAUCGGCUAAUCGGGUAUAAACACUUUCCCGAAUAUUUCUUUAAUUUUGUAAGAUCUUAUGUAAUUAUUCACCAGAAGAUAGAUUUAAAGCGUUCGAGUUCAUACAGAUGUCCCUUUUUUUGAGAGUCCGAGGCUUUUAUUUUUUGAACAAACAAGAAAAAAACUAUCACAAGAUUGCUUGGAUUGCUGAGAUCGCAGCUUCACAAAUAGUUUCGGACCGCAAAGGAAACGCUUUCAUAGUGGAAAAAAUGGUAAAAAAUUGUUAUGCUUUUUACUAUUGUAAUAGACAGUAUUCGUAUUCUCCGACAGUCCUGGGACGAGUAGGCCCUGGUCAUGAAUGCGAGGCUCAUGCGCGGAACUUCUCGAUAAGAGGACAAACAAAUAUGAGAAAACUGCGGCUGGGUUUGCCGAAUUUAAGAAAAAUUUUUAACAUUGUAAAGUUCUGAAAGGCUUACACACUUGAGAGAGAUCAUUAUUUCAAACAACAAAGGAAGAUCUGCUCAUUAUUACUAAGAAAAACAGCGAUCCUCAUCAUAAUUAUAUUGAUGAGAAGAGUGCUAAAGGUGAGCGAGUUCAUAAUUGAAAAUUAAACAAGACUUACCUGUAAGUUGAAGUUUGAUGAUAAUUCUGCCAAAUCAUUAGUAGUACAGUAGGGUUAACAUGAGAUGCGCACGCACCGCCGCAGGUCUGUCUUAAAAUAAUUUUGUGAUCACUAAAACACAGUCGAAACGACGUCAGGGGUGGGUGUAAACAUAUGGGUGCUAUGGGCAUGUUAACCCUACUGUACUACUAAUGAUUUGGCAGAAUUAUCAUCAAGCUUCAACUUACAGGUAAGUCUUGUUUAAUUUUCAAUUCUACCAAAUCAUUACGUACAUCCGCGUUACCAUGAGACUUAAACGCAGUGAGCACAAAAUGAGAAAGCACAUAAACAACUUCACACGCCGACUUUAACUGAACACUACUUUGCAAUACAAUUAUGUUGUACAAGGUAUAAACCUAAGUGAGAACUGCCAAACUAAUCUGGUUUGUUACAGCUACUGGCUUGUUGUAAAACUUCCGAAAAGUGGACUCCUCAGUCCAACCAGCUGUAGCCAGAAUCACAUCAGUGGAAACUGACAUAAGAGCUUUACUCGUUGAAGCACACCUAGUGCUAUGACCAGAAAAUAUUUCUGUAUCAACCCCCGCUUGUCCGAACAAAGUUUUGAUCCAGCGUCCAAUAGUAGACGAAGUUACUGCCUUAUAGCGCUUAAUGUACGAAACAAGCAAUUUUGAAGAAUUCCUAAGCUUUUCAGUAGCCUCUAGGUAAUAAUCUAAUGUUUCAUAAACACACAGUUCCCUUACUGGAUACUUGUAAAGGCGUACAUUGCCAAACACUUUGCCAGGUUUGUCCUGCUUAAGGUGUUCAGUUAAGGCCAAAUUAAAACAUGUAUCAUUGUUCUGCAUAUAUUUCUCUGAUGUGUCCAAAAAGGUCAAAGUCUGACACCUCUGCCCCGUAGUCAAGGCAAUCAACAUGACUAAUUUUAGGGUGAGUUCCUUCAAAUUGAUCUCGUGCAGAGGCCAAAAUAAACUCAAGUAAUCAAGGACAGUAUCCACGGACCAGAUAUUUUUAAACUGCGGCACAGGCUUGCGCUUGUUGAACACCCCUUUAAGGUAACGGCAAACAAGGAAAUGCUUCCCUACAGGUGUGUGAGACGGAGCAUCACUAUCACUCAUGCCAAUGUUGGAGACCGCAGACCGAGCUGUAUUCAACGCAGAAUAGCUCAAGCCACUCUUGAAAAGACUGUGCAGAAAAAAGAGUACAGCCGUUAAUUACAGUGGGAUACAACGGAUCAUUCUUUAUUUCAAUCAGCUACUUGUUGAUAUACACUUUAUAUUGUUUCUGAGUGCUGUCUCUCCAUGAAUGCAUGAUGAUGUCGACAAUGUCUGGCGAAAUCUCAGACUCUUGCAAGGAUCGCCAGAUAACUUGCAUACCAUCAACUGCAGUCGUUGGUGUAGGGGAUGAGGACUGUCCAGGGUUGGAUGAACCAGAUUCUGAACUGAAGCAUUGAAUACACGUGGCGUUUCUGUUAGUAGUCUCAGUACAGCCGUAAAAUAAGGCUGAGUUGUCCACAAGGGAAUUACUAGAAUUCCUGAUGCCUGGUCGUGAAUUAUUUUCUGUACACACCUUGAAACAAGCCAGAAUAUAUGGAGGAUAAGCAUAGAAGAAAAAUUGUGACCAAUCAAUGGUAAAAACAUCUACAAACUUUGCCAUUGGAUGUGGUUUCCAGGAAACAUAAUCCUCCACCUGAGCAUUAAGUCUACUAGCAAAUAGAUCUAUAUCUGGUUUGCCAAAUAAAGCUACUAUCCUCUGAAAAAUCGGAGCGGAAAGCAUCCAUUCCAGAUCCAAAUUCACAUUCCGAGAUAACUGAUCAGCAUCAAUAUUGCUUGAUCCUGGAAUAUGGGCUGCUGAUAACCAAAUAUCUUUGUCAAUAGCCCAAUCCCAAAUAUCCUUAGCAAUGGAGUUACAUUCUAAAGAUCUACAACUUCCCAUAUAAUUAAUGUAAGACACAGCAGUGUCGUUAUCAGACAUAACCCUCACAUGGAUGUUGUUCCUGGCAUCAAGUAGCGAGGACAGAGCAAGCUUAACUGCUCAUAAUUCCAGGUAAUUUAUGUGCCUGGAUGACUCUGACUUAGACCAGAUGCCAUUAUUCCCAUGUUCGAUUUGAGCACCCCAACCUAUUUGGGAUGCAUCAGUGUAAACAACUACAUCAGGAAUAUUAUGAAAAAUUCUUCUUGAUGCUAUUAGAAUAUUUGCAGACCACCAGUGAAUCUCUUCCAAACUGUCAUGAGACAAAGUCAUAAAUGAAUCAAAAUUCCCCCGGUUCAAUUUCAAAUUUGCUUCUUUGUCAACCUCAAUGUGGCGAUAAUGUAGAAGGCCAAACUCCACGCCUGGAAAGCUGGAGACUAAGGUCCCAAGAAAAGAUGCAACUUCUCGAAUAGUUAACCGUUUAUUUGGAAGAGAGAACUUUUGGCACAACUGCAACAUUUCAACAGCUUUCUUGUUAGUCAAAGUAACUGACAUGAAAAUAGAGUUCAAAAUGAACCCUAAAAACUCUUAGAGCUGUGUUGAUAUAAUAACUGACUUUUCUGGAUGGAUUUUCAAACCCAGACUGACAAAAAGUUGUAUAGCACGUAAUGUGGCUUCUUCACAUUCCGUAUAAGCAAGAAAGAGAAAGUAUAAGAUAGAAAGAGUCAUCAAUAUAGCCCAGACAUGUGUGGCCAAACUGACUCCUCAAGUAGCUAAAGACCGGUUUUAAAACUGUCGUAAAAAUCCUAGGGCUACUAGUCAAUCCCAUAGGCAGGCUAGUGAAAGCAUAUAAUUGAUGCCUCCAAAUAAAUUUUAAAUAUUUCUGAUGUUCUUCUGCAAUAGGGAUAGAGUAAUACGCAUCCUUUAGAUCUAUAGAUGUCAUGUAACAUUUAGGCCUCAUGAGUCUAAUAGCUGUUUCUAACGUGCCUAUCUUAAAAUGAUGGUAUGUCACUGACUCAUUCAGUUUCUUUAGGUUAAAUAUAACCCUGUGAGUCCCAUCUUACUUAGGCCUCGUAAAAAUUGGAGAUAUGACCUGGCCAUCUUCAUGUGAUGAUAGCCUUAUUAUCCCUUUAAGAAGGAAUCUUUCUACUUCAUUGUCAAUGAUAGUCUGCUCAAUUUCAGUAAAGGAACAAAAAGGCCUAGUAACACUUUGUACUAGUACAUAUUCCAGGUUCCCAGUCAAAUUCAAUAUGACAGUGAGUAGGUCUAAUUCUGAUCUCUUUAAUAUUCCUGGCUACCAUUUUAUCUCCAGUUCAAGAGAACAUAAAUUAGGUGGUGGAGUUGGUCUUUACAUUCAGUCUGAUAUGAAUUUUAAGCCUAGGAUUGAUCUUCAAUCUUCUGACAAUUCAUCGUACGAAUCAGUCUUUGUGGAAAUCAUGCGACUUCAUGGUAAAAAUAUUAUUGUUGGCUGCCUCUAUAUACCUCCCGAUGCCUCUCUCAAUGACUUUAACAGGUCUGUUGAAGAUAUCUUGUCAGCCAUCAGUUUUGAGAAUAAGGUAUCUUAUUCCUCGCGAAGCGAGGCAAGGAGCGCCGAGCCGCGAGGUUUAUAAUCUUGUCGCGCGCGAAGCGUGCGUGUAUCACUCAAGCAUCGCAAGGCCAGCGUGAUUUCCUCUUGGCUAUAAAUCUGUCGAAUUUGGUUGGUGUCCGCCUUGACGUCAUCCAGUAGUGACGUAAAAGUGCACUAUAGGUUUCCGGGCAACCGAUUGCCAUCGACGACAAAGCUCUGGGUUUUCUUCUUGAAGACGGGUGGUUUCAUCUGUGAAUUAUAACAAUGUUUACGGUCGGUGAGUCACCACCCAAUAUCUCAGGUAAAUAAAACAGAACAGCAAACUCAACAACGGUGGAUUAAACAAGUGGCUGGAAAUCCUCGCUGGGAAAGAUUUACAAACAAAACUCCGCAAGAGCGAGGACGUCGACUUUAAAUUCAGCGCGAGUAACGGCACAUCGAAGGCCAACACUGUCAACUAGAGACAGAGGAGCAACAAAAUACUACAGUUACACUUCAAAAGAAGCCGACGAAGAGAGGGAACACCGACUGCCGACGUUUCAGUAUUCGGUCAAUAGAAUUCGCAAGGAGAGGCAAGUUUACAGGCAAAAUUAUCUUCUUCGAUGCAACGACAGGAAGCAAGAAUUACACCAUCUGUAAAAUCGACACAAGGAGUAUCUUUGCAACGGACUGAGGACAGCCGAUCAACCUUUUCACCGUUUUACAGUAAGCUUUAUUUUACAAAUGAACAGUUUACAACACCGAUAAUGUGUGAAAUGUAGGGAAGCGUUACAUUUUGUAAACAAAAUCCUUACUGGGCAAAAUUUUUCGUUUAAGCUUACAAUUUUCGUUCAAUUUCCUUCACAAGUAAAAUAAAUGUAUGCAUAGCAACCUUAUACGUAAACCCAGCUGUGUCUUUUAAGUCAAACAUGACAAAAAUUUGUUAUUGCUGGCCCCCUGUAUUUUUGUUCCUAUAUUAUUCGAAUCCGGAUAUCCUCAGAAAAUUUGUGUGUGACAUGGUUGCCAUGCCAGGAACGUUAAAUCCUUUCGCUGUUAGGGAAAAUGUAACAGGUCAAUCAUAAAAUUUCACUCUUUAAAAGAAGUCAGACAGAGUUAACAUAUUCACAGAAAUAAAACAUUUGUUCCAUUGGCAGAUGAAUAUUGUUUCAAGAAAUUAAACGACAUGCAAGCAGAUAGUUAUGUAGGGUUUUCCGUAAAAUCAAUUCAUCCUGUACUUACCUUUACAUUCACCAGAAAUGUGUGUAAUACAGGGAAAGUGUUCAUUUGCCUCGUCUCAGUCUGGGGAAUUAAAAAUCUAUGGCUCUGGCACUGUCUCAACAAGCUCAUGCAUGUUUAGAAUGGAGACCAAUGGAGAAACUGAUGACCUUCAACAUAGCUUGUUUGUGGACAUUUCAUACAAAUUCACUCUUGCAUAGGGAUUUGUUUCUUAUGCAUGUACACGAAUAACUAUGAACACUUGCCUAACUGGUAAAAAAUUGGUACUUUUUACAUGGAUUCAAUUCUUUAAGGUGAAUGCCCACACAUACAAUAAUCAUAAAUCAUGAUCACUUUAGUAAUUCUCAUGAACUGCAUCCUUAAUGACAUUGCUACUUGUAAUUGAUUAUGUUUGCACUUUACCGUUACAAACAAUAGUUGUGAAGUAUGAUUAUGUACCAAAAAAAGUGCAAACACUUUUAUAGCUGUAGUUCGCCGAACAAUAAAUUCUUUCUCCAAUUAGCAGCAUUUAUAUUAGUUGUUGUUUUCACUGCAGCACUUAUCUCCUAGAAUUGCCAUCCACUCACUUCUACUGACACAUUUCACAAAUAAUUAUUGCACAUAACCCUAUUCAGACUUGGGGGGCUUUUCGAACCACCCCUCCGGCAAAAUCGUAAUAACUCCUACACCGAAAGAGCUAUGACGUUCAAAUUUUCUGACUUUUCCUAAAAUUUAUCUAGGAACAUUUUGGUAUAACUACCAUGUCCAUGUGAUUAAUCAUGUUGCCAUGGAAACCAGUUUCUGACACAUAGGUUUUGGAAAAUUUAAAAAAUGGUCAUUUUUUUGUUUUAAGAUCGCGUUUUUACACUUACAGUGCUUUUUGUUGUUAAAAUGGUCUUUGCUUGGGACUAGUUUUUGAAUUACAUCAAAAUGUUUCAACAUCGAAUAUUUGGGGGGAGGGGUGGGGUAAAAUUUGUUACUUUUUUGCUUUGACAAAUAUGCUGCUCUAUUUUCCAAAUAACACUUCCAAAGUCAUUUGUUUGGGUAAUAAACAUUAGUUUGAUACUUCUUUUAUACAUUCUGAGCUUUUUUCCCUUUCAAAGUUGCUUUAAAUUAUAAUUUUAACAAAAAAACGGAAAUCCAAGAUGGCGGAUCUAAGAUGGCGGAUCCAAGACGGUGGACAACCAUUUCAAAUUUUGGCAAUUAUGACGUCAUUAGCACCUUUAAAGUAUCAAAACACAUGUCAAAGUGCGUAUUUUAUAUGCAUAUAUGUUGUAUAUUAUAUUAAAGAGAUGACUUUACCAAUAUUAUUGAUAUUUUACGUAUAUAAGUGGAAAAUAAUAAGAAACAUUGAAAAAUCGGAAUAUGACGCCACUGUGACGUCAUCAUUGGGCGUUGCAAGUCAAAACUGGGUGUGGGGCUUCUUUGUACGGAGAUGAUCAUUGUGUGUAAAUUUCAUGACCCUAGCAUUAUUGGUUCCAGAGAUACAGAGGGGGGGUCCGAGGAGCCCCCCCCCCCACCCCACCCAAGUCACAGAUUGACCAAAAAAGCCCAGUCUGAAUAGGGUUAAGGGUGAGCUUUUAUUAAGCAAAUGCAACUGAAUACUAGCCGGCAGUUAUCCACUAUCACCCCCAUUUCCUUUUGACCAUAAUUACACACAUUUAGGAGGGUCAAAUGGAGUGAACAUGGGGGGAUGGGACCUAUGCAGCAUUCGCUGACAACAGCAACCCUAUUUAAAUCUCAGAAGAUUCUUUUUAAAGCCAGAGCAUUAGGUUCAAAUUUAAUCCACGUGGGAUUAAGUACAUCUCAGCUUCCACUAUUAGAUCCACCCUCCCCAGUUACAUGAUUUACUUCAUUUCUCUCCUGAUCUCUCACCCCUUAUGGGCUCCCCCAAGCUUCGCGAGGUUCUGCGAUACACGUAUUUCUAGUUAUAUGGCUGAGUCUGUUUUCGCCAUGCGAUUGGUCAAUUUGCGGUCCGUAACUUGCUAUACGGACCAAAAUUUCAGAUAAAAAACUCAUUUCGGAGCUCUAAAUCUCUUCACCUCGGAAAAAAAGGUUAAAAUUAAGCUACAAGACGUCUAUCAACAUUGAGGACUUAGAUUUUGACUUUGUCCUUCAACAUUUUAAACUGUGUUUAUUUGUGAACAAAGGCGAUGAAGAAACUAACUGGUAAUCUCAUCGAAGAGGAUUCUAGUCAGUGUUUGAAAAUUUCAUCGCAGUACACAGUUAAGAAGACGAAAAUCGACUGGCAGAGAUUCGACAUGUUUUGCCUGAGAGAAAAUGAGUAAUUCUUUCGACAAAUAUGACAACAAACAUGCAUGCAACCGAUCAUCUUGACGAGCUUCUUUGUCAUUUGCAGUGUUUUUCCAAAGACCAACGAAAGAAAGAUAGAAGCGACUCCGAGCCAGAUACAAUGUCCAGUUUUCAAAAGACUCCAGCGUCGCAUUGGCGAGUUAAUACUUACAAUGCUCUUAGUUUUGACCGACUACACUAGACCCUGAGGACUGGGAUGUUGACUUUGCCUUUCCAGAUUUUAACCUAGCUUUGUUUGAAUGAGAACGAAGCUGAUGUAGGAACUGAAUCGUAUAACCUUUCCAUGGAAGAAAAUAUUGUCCGUGUUUGAAAAUUUUAACGCAGAUCACGCUUGAAGACGGGAAUGAACUGGCAGAAAUUCGAGAGGUUUUCCCAAAAAAAUUAACGAGCGAAUUCUUCGACAAUGACAAGAAACUUACCUUGAAGAGCUUCUUUGCCUUUUGCAGUGUUUUUUUUUACAAGGACCAACGGAGGAAAGAUGGAAACGACUUCGAGAAAGAUGCCCGGUUUCCAAAAUACUCCAUCGUUACAUUAAAGAGCUAAAACUUACAGCGCUCUUAGUUUGGCCAAAUAAUCUUUUUCAACAUGGCGAAUUUGUUUUCACUUUCUCGGAAACCCUUUGUUGUGUGCUAUUGUUUUCGUGAGCCAACAGAAACUUUCUUUCUUGACGCCUGUCAAAUGAUUGUCAAAUCGCGCGUCCUGGACUUGUUUCCGGUCCCCAAAACUGGAAGAAGCCAUAUGAUAAACAUCUUAUUAGCCUCGUUUUCUCGGUCCGUACUGUAAUUUACGGAUCCUCGUUUUUUUUCAAUCGAUUUAUUGCCCGCGCGCUUCGCGCUUGGGCCAUAAAUCGAUGGAAAAAAGCUCGGUCCGUAAUUUACAGUACGGACCGAAAACUCGGCUAAUAAGAGGUAUUUAUAUUAUGGGUGAUUUUAAUAUCAACAUCCUCGAAACAACUCUCAUUCUCAUCAACCUACAAAUGAGUUCAUUAAUCUUAUGACAUCUCAAAGCGUCUAUCCUUUGAUCUCCAAACCAACGCGCAUAACUUCCUCAACUGCAACUCUGAUUGACAACAUAUUUACAAACAAUCUUGAACUUAACAUGAAUAGUGGCAUUCUUUACACUGACUUAUCUGAUCACCUCCCAGUUUUUCAAGUUACCCACUUGAAAAUGAUUGUUGAGCCACCACGCCAAAAGAGAUUUGCACGUCUUAUUAACUCAACAACUAUGUCAGCAUUCAGGUCUAAACUGGAAGGCGUCGACUGGUCUUCAGUCUAUUCCAUUAUUUCUGUAAAUGAAUCUUAUGACACAUUCUCUAGUCUUCUUCCUUUGGCAUACAGUAUGUCAUUUCCUCUUCAACCCGCAUGUUCUAAACCUCACCGCUCUUCAAAACCGUGGUUCUCAAAUGGUCUCUUUACUUCUUGUAAAACGAAAAAUUCUCUUUACAAACAGUUCCAGUUAAAUCCAACUGCACUCAACAAGUUGAGAUACAACAAAUACCGCAAUAAAUACAAUUUUCUCAUCAAACUUGCCAGGAAAAAAAUUCUUCCAUGACAAACUGCUGUCUGUCCGUUCAGAUUUAAGAAAGACAUGGUCAGUCAUAAAACAGAUUCCCUCUAAAAAGGAACCUGAGCAACGUUUCAAUAUCAUGAAAGAUAGUUCUGGUUCAUACUCAAAUCCUACUCAGAUAGCUACAAAGUUUAAUAAUUUCUUUGCUAAUGUUGGUCCUUCUUUGGCAAAUAAAAUCUCUCCCACUCAAAUUACGUAUAGAGAGUUUCUGAUUGGUCAUUACGCAAAGUGUUUCUAUCUUAACCCAACUUCUCCCACUGAGGUUGCUAAUAUAGUCCAUUCUCUAAGAAAUAGCAAAUGUGAGGGUUUUGAUGGCCUCUGUAUAAGAUACUAUUGAUUUAAUAGCUGCCCCUUUUACCCAUAUCUGUUAUCUAUCAUUUUCUCAAGGUGUUUUUUCAGAUAAGCUCAAAACAGCCAAGAUCCUUUCCAUCUUCAAAUGUGAUCACUGUCCUGUCUUUCCAAGGUCUUUGAAAAACUCUUUUACAUCAGAUUGUCUGCAUUUCUUGAAAAAUUUGACAUUCUUAGUCACCAUUUAACAGGAGGAUACAAAUAUGAUGAUUUGUAUAUUCAAAUGUCUCCAUUUUGGUAAAUAUCCGUGCUAUUUAAAACAACUGAUCAAGUUAAGAUCUACUGCUUACUCCCUACGGGGUGCUAAUAUUUUAUCACUUCCUAAGCCGUCUACAACCACAUAUGGUCUAAAUUCCUUUAGCUAUUCAUCUGUUGAGUACUGGAAUUCUCUACCUGAUCACUUUAGAAAGACUGUAGAUUAUAGUGAGUUUAAGCGCAAAUUGUUAGUGCACGGUUUUAGUUAAUACUACAUUAAUUAAUAUUAUAUUAUAUAUGUUGUAACUUUUAUAAUUAGUUAGGAUCGGAGAUACUAGCUAUGUAAGCUACACUAAAAUCCGAGGAUAAAUAAAGUUUAUGUAUGUAUGUAUGUAUGUAUGUAUGUACCAUCAAUAUGGCUUCAGACCGCAUCACUAUGGCUAUCCUCGAAUUUGUAAACAAUAUAUAUGAAGGCUUUGAAAGUAAUAAUACACUAUUGGAAUUUUCUUAGACCUCAAGAAGGCAUUUGAUACUGUAAAUCAUCAGAUACUUAUUGACAAAUUAAACUUUUAUGGUAUCCGUGGUAUUCCUCUAGCUUGGCUCACCAGCUAUUUAGACAACCGACAACAGUAUGUUAUGGUCAAAGGUCAUGUUUCUUCUAAUAAUACUGUUGUGUGUGGGGUCCCUCAAGGUUCUGUUCUUGACCCCUUAUUAUUCCUCCUAUACAUUAAUGAUCUUUUUCUUUCUUCAAAUUAUCUUUCAUUUAUUCUUUUUGCUGAUGACACCAAUAUUUUUCUUCGGCAUAAAGACUUGGCUACUUUAAUUAGAAUGAUUAAUCAAGAGCUUUCUCAUGUCUCCUCCUGGUUUAACGCAAACAAGCUUACUGUUCAUCCUGAUAAAUCCAAAUUCAUCAUCUUCCAUCCACGACGUAAACAGAUCAAUCCUUCAGAAUUAAACAUCUUAAUAAAUAACACCCCUAUAGCGCGGGUACAGGAACAUAAAUUUCUUGGAAUAAUUAUUCACGAAAACCUCUCAUGGAAACCGCACAUCACUUCCAUCUGCGAUAAAGUCGCUAAGGUUAUAGGAAUUUUGUCUAAAUCGAGACGAUACUUACCUUCGGUCACUCUAAAAACCUUAUAUUAUUCCCUUUUUCUACCUUAUAUCAACUAUUGUAACCUCAUCUGGGCAUCUACAUAUGCCUCCUACCUUGAACCCCUCUAUCUACUCCAAAAGAAAGCCAUUCGAAUUAUCACCUUUUCUCCUCCAAGAACUCGUUCUAAGCCUCUUUUCUCGAAGCUUAGUAUUCUUUCUCUCCAUUCACUUUAUAAAUUUCAUGUUUCUUGUUUUGUAUUCUCACACUUUAAUCGCCUUUUACCGGCCUCUCUUUCCUCCCUCCUCCACUUUAAUCGUGAUUUUCAUGAUUAUCUAACUCGUUGUCGUUUCAACUUGCAUAAAACGUCCCUCAGGUAUCAAUUUGCGAUUAGCUCUCUAGCCCCGACUAUUUGGAACGAUAUCCCCUUGACUGUCUGUGACAGCCUUACCACUACUAACUUCAAAAAGAAACUAAAACUUCACUUUUUAAGC